AGGGUCCAAAAUAAGCAAAAACCAUGGAGGUCGAUGAGGAUUGAGGAGGUGAAGGAGUCUGUGUCGGUGAGGAAGUACGAUAUGCUGAAAUCUGAACCAGUAACCAAAAAAAAAAAAAAACCCUAAAUCUGGAGGACCAACAAGAGGAGAAGUAGAAGAAGAUGGUGUCGGACGGGUGCGAGCGGCUCCAGCGGGCGCUGGAGGAGUGCCACAGGAAGGUGCCUCUCGGUCCGGCUCGGGAUGCGGCGUGCAAGCACCUUAACCGGGCGCUGGCGCAGUGCCUGGUCUCGCUGGCCUGUCCGGACGAGAUGGAGGCCGUCCGGAGUUUCUGCUCGAGCGGUGGGACCGCGACAAAGCGGGCCCAGUGCCAACAGGCACAGCUGUCCCUCUCUGUGUGUCUCAGUUCCCUUCAACAACCAUGACGCAAACGCAGCCCUUUCAGUCGUAGAUUACCAUUAGAUUUUGUGUUUGUGCUGUAUAUGGAGAUGAAUUCGUACGACGAAUAACAGAGUUGCAAAAUCAGGAAGGAAACUUUUUUUC